AUGCCGGAGAAUAAAGGAGACGCCGCGGCCGCCACCACAAACAAAGCUAAACCGAAGAAGGUCAAUCUUCUCGAUCACCAUUCCAUCAAGAAUAUCCUCGAUGAGUCUGUUUCUGAGAUCGUGACUGGAAAAGGUUUCCCCGAAGAUGUGAGGUUGAGUAACAUUCGGUUGCUGAUUGGAAGCAUUAUCAUUACAAUUGCUCUAUUUGCUCAGUUCUACAACAAGAAAUUCCCCGAAAACCGCAACUUUUUGAUCGGCUGCAUCGUAUUAUAUCCUUUUCUGAAAUUGCUUCUGAUAAUGCACACAAAGGAGAAGAAUGCAAUUUUGUUCACCCAUCCUCCUGCGGAUUCUUUCUACAGCACUGGACUAGUGGUUUCUUCAAAGUUACCAAGGUUUUCCGAUAUGUACACUCUUACCAUAGCCAGCGCCGAUCCCAAAUCCAUAUCUGCAAAGCCUACUGUGGAGUUCACCAAAAGUGUCACCCAAUGGUUCACCAAGGAUGGAGUUUUGGUGGAAGGCCUGUUUUGGAAAGAUGUGGAGAAAUUGCUUAAUGAUUAUGCUAGGGAGGGUAAGAAGGACAAGUGA